CUUUUGGACUUCAUAAGGCUCUAUAAGAUUUGCCAUUAACAUUUUGGGCUUUUAGGGUAUGGGUUUAUAAAGCUGAUGGUCUUCUUCCGUUAUAUGGAUUUGUAAUUUUCGGUACAUAUGGACUUGAAUAAAUCGUGAUUUGGGACUUGGAACCCUAACCAUUUUCUUCGUCUUUUACGCGUCCAUCAAUGGAAGCUCUGCCCGAAGGCGUGCUCCAGCCUCUGUUCCAUGCUUCGAACUCGUCAUCUUCUCUAGAUGGCUGCUUACAAUUUCUUCUAGAUGUUUCUAGGACCGAUUCCGGUCGCGCCGAUCUCGCUUCCAGAGCCAUCCUCCCCUCGGUCCUUAGUCUUCUCCAGCUUCUUCCCUACCCAUGUUCUCGCCAUUACCUGAUUCUCGCUCUGAAGGUCCUCAGGAACCUCUGCGCCGGAGAGAUGACGAACCAAAAAGCUUUCGUCGAUCACAGAGGUUCUGCACUUGUUUCCGACUUGUUGGUUUCCGCGAUCGGAGAGUCGCAUCCGGAUUUCGAGACGAUUCGGUUUGAACUGCAGGUGUUGGCCAAUGUCGUUUUGGCCGGGGAAGAACAUCAGAGAGAUGUGUGGAGUCGCUUUUUCCCGGAGAGAUUCUCCGAUGUCGCGAAGGUUCUGAGACGUGAGACGUGUGAUCCUCUCUGCAAAGUUGUGUAUACAUGUUGUGAUGGAAGUUCCCAGAUUGCUGCGGAGCUUUGCAGCGAUGAAGGUCUGAGCAUCAUGUCUGACAUCGUACGGACGGCAUCUUCUGUUGGGUACGGGGAAGAUUGGUUGAAGUUGUUGCUUUCAAGGAUCUGUGUUGAAGACGAUUGCUUUCCUCGCAUGUUCUCUAAAUUGCACUACGUUGAGUGCAAGGACACGGUAGAUGAUGUUGCAUUUUCAGUAGAGCAAGCCUUUCUUCUGAGGGUGGUAUCAGAGGUGGUAAUUGAGCGGAUGCGGGAAAUUUCAAUCCCCAGGGAUACUGCAUUGUUCAUUCUGGAAAUUUUCAAGAAGUCCAUUGGUAAUUUCAGAUCUGUUUUGGGUGAAAGAUCUGAGCUUCCGACGGGAUCAACUGUAAUUGACGUGAUGGGUUACUCUUUGACAAUAAUAAGAGACACAUGCGCUGGAGAAAGCCUUGAAGAACUGAAGAAGGAUGUCAGUUCAGGCGAUAGCGUUGAAGCACUACUAUCCUCAGGUCUUGUAGAGUUACUUUUAGGGCUGCUUCGUGAUCUUGAGCCUCCAACAACAAUAAAGAAAGCUCUGAAUCAGAAUUCUUCUUCUUCUUCUUCUUCCAAGCCUUGUCCUUACAGAGGCUUCAGGAGUGAUAUCGUGGCUGUGGUAGGGAACUGUGCUUACGGAAGGAAACAGGUACAAGAAGAGAUCAGAGAGAGGGAAGGGCUGUUGUUGAUGUUGCAGCAGUGUGUGACGGAUGACAAAAACCCAUUUCUGAGAGAGUGGGGCAUUUGGGGUAUGAGGAACUUGCUUGAAGGGAACCAAGAAAACCAGGAAGCGGUUGCUGCGUUGGAGAUUCAAGGGUCUGUUGACGAUGUGCCUGAACUCCAAGAUCUUGGCUUGAGAGUUGAAGUUGAUCCAAAAACCAGAAGGCCCAAGCUUGUUAAUGUCCGUGAAAAUUAGAUGAAACAUGGAAAAACACGAGUAUAAUUUCCUUCGCAUUUGUGUAACCGAUUGCAGCAGCCACUGCAGCAAUCAUGUCUCAAAAGGCAUUAUCUGUGUAGAAAGGUUCCUUGAUACAGACGUUGAGUCCCCAGAAAAGAUUGAGCAGAUUUAUGAAAGCA